CGCCGCCUGGUGCGGUGGCUGCCAUAAUCAGGAGUGAGCCCACCUCUGUGAGGGGCCUCUGCGAGGAUUCUCGCUCCCAUAUUCCGUAGCAAGGAUGCAGUGUAUCUAUAGCACAGUGGUGACGUGAUUCUGCAGCGCCCAGCGCCCAGCUCCAAUUCCCUUUGGUCUCUCUUUGUUUUAUGUAUCUUGCAGUGCUACACAUGGACCCGCCCUCGCACUUCUACUCGCCCUUCUCGCCAUCGGUGCGCAGGAGCUUGAUGAGUUUAGGAACGACGCGGCGGCAGGCGUCAGCUCUACCUCGGCACGACUUACUUCCACGCACGGUCGCACUGCAGCGCCGUGCGGUCGGGGAGCACGCCCUCCCACGCCUUCUGUGGGACCUUGGGCAUGGCGUGAUUGAGGAGGGCCAAAUACUCAGCCGCGGUCCACUUGCGCCCGGCGGCGGGGCCACCAGCCGUCUUGCCCUUCUUCUUGGGCUUGUCGGCGAGGUCUGGCUUCGUGUCGGAGGCGGAAGUCAGCAACGGCGAGGGCGAGGAAGAGUGCACGCGCGGCCUGGACUUCUUGGGCUGGCGCUUGGGUUUCGGAGGUGGGGUUGGGGAGAGCUCGUCCUCAGAUUCACGGGCGCGCUUCAUGGUGAUGAGGUGGAUGAGGUGGAUUGUUGAAUUUGGGGGGAAGUACGACGUUGAGGUUAUGAGAAGAGUGCUGGGGUGAUGACCAG